CGGAAGAUGCGAAGGUGGCUAGUAUACGGGACUAGCCACGACCUCAGACAGUGACUGAGGUUAGAUCUUUCUUAGGGAUGUGCGGCUACUAUAGGAACUUUGUGAAAAACUAUUCCACGGUCGCCUCUCCUUUGACUGAUCUCACUCGACUUGAUACGCCAUGGGACUGGAAUGAUGAGUGCGAGGCUGCUUUCAAACGAUUGAAGCAUGCACUCGUGAAUCAUGAGGUUCUCAUGGUGCCCGAUCCUCAGAAGCCAUUCAUUGUAACCACUGAUGCAAGCCAAUAUGGAAUUGGCGCAGUGCUGGCCCAGCAGCAUGGGAAAAAGUUGAGGCCGAUUGAGUACAUGAGCAAGGCACUUGUCCAUUGGAGGCACUUUCUGCUGGGGCGGUUUUUCUAUUUGAGAAUCGACCAUCAAACCCUUAAAUGGAUCAAGACUCAACCUGCUCUUUUUGAUGCACUCAAGCGCUGGAUUGAGGUCAUAGAUCAGUACGACUUCAAGCUAGAGUAUCUAAAGGGAGAGUACAACAAGGUUGCGGAUGCGUUGUCACGUAGGGCAGAUUACCUAGGGGCGCUAGUUUGCGAAUUUGGCGUAUCUGAGGAAGUAACUCAAUUGUUGGUGAGAGCCUAUCAGGAAGACCCUAUCACGAUGGACAUCAUACGCAAACUGCAGGCGAAAGAUAAGGCCACAGAAGAUGAGUUUGUGAUGGUGGAUGGGUUGCUCUUUCUGAGAAAGGCUGGGACUGAAAGAUUAGUUGUUCCAUCUAGUGAGAAUUUGCGCAGUUUAUUUCUAGCCAGUGAUGCUGAGAAACCUCAUCUGCAAGCACUCUUAGAUGGUGCAAUAAAACGGGAACAGGAGUCAGAGAAGGAGAGGAAGGAGACCUUGUUGAGCAGGCAAGUAGCUCUCCUAGAGACUGUUCCCUCACUGACGGAACAGCAGUGCGGGGAACAUAUGCAGUCUAUACUCACAGCCUUUGUUCAAGUCCGGAAUCUUGAGGACCAUACCACUCAGAUCGCUGAAGUCUUUGCAAAGCUGCAGACUCUUCAGGAUGAUCUGAUUGAUAUGACCCGCAAGUACCAUGACUUGAUAAAGGAGGUGGCUGACCUGCGACAAGCCCAAGUGGCCAACCCUCGUCCUCUACCCCCUGGAUCCGAAGCUGCAAUCGAAACUACGUCUGCCCCUCUUACUGUAUCUUCUUCUACCUCUUCUUCAAGUGUGAUGGCAACUCCCUCGGGACCUGCAACAGGUGCAGAUUCCACUGUUGCUGUAACCAACAAUGAGGCUGGAACUUCUGCAAUUGUUGCAGCCCCAAGGCCGGAACCCGCUGCUGCUGGUCCCAGCUACACCAGUCCCUACGUGUACCGGAAGGCGAUACAAAUGCCGUCCAAGUGCGACAGCAAGGAUGACAUCGAGUCCUGGAUCGGCUCCAUGAGGGCCUACUUUGAGAUCCUGGGAACUCAACCUGAGAACAAGGCGGUGAUCAUGGGAAUGAAUGUCGAGCCAAUCGUACGGGGCUUCCUAGAAGUCCAAGCAACACGGGCUGGGUUUCCAAAGGCUGCACUAGCCAAAUGGCUAAGGACCACCCCGGUUGCCUCCCUCGAAGAGCUCCUUAUCUCGGAAUACCAAGAUCCAUAUGUUGCUGCUCAAGCAAGGAUUCAACUAGACAAAGUAAAGCACAACAAGUGGAAUAGCUCCAUGAAAAGCCUGCAGACCUAUCUAAGCAAGUUGUUUGCCACUCCUGGUUUGGAAUUGUCCACCCAAUCUUGCUUGGAUGUGGUUAAGGGCGCGGUUCCAACUAACUUCACUAGUCGCCUGGGCAGGGACUACAUUGCAUACACUGACUGGCUUGCCUUAAUGAAGGACGUAGUCAGUCUCGAAGCAAACCUCGUUAGCCCGACAGGCAGCAAAAAGCCCAUGGGCGGCAGACGGUUCAAGGGCAGCAACCGUUUUGUUGUGGAUGACCUGCUGGAGGCCGAAGAAGAAGCCGAUGCGGGUGACCCCACUCUUGGUGACGACCAAGAACAGGACUCUGAUACACCUUACAUCCAAACCCUCCUCGAUCGGUUUCCGGAAGUCUUGGCCGAGCCACGUGGAGUCCCCACGCGACCGGUCCGACACACCAUCGAGUUGGUCGAGGGUGCUGUUCCUCCAAAGGGCUGCGUGUACCGUAUGGGACCCGGCGAGUUGGAAGAACUCCGAGGACAUAUCGAUGAGAUGAUUGACGAAGGGUGGAUCAAACCAAGUGAAUUUGAAUUUGGUGCUCCUAUAUUGUUUGUGCCAAAGAAAGGAGUCAAACUCCGCAUGUGUAUUGAUUAUCGCGGUCUAAACCGCAUCACAAGAAAGAAUGCUUAUCCAUUGCCUCGUAUAGACGACUUGCUUGAUGCCGCAGGCGGGUGCAAGGCCUUCUCUAAGAUCGAUCUCAAGUCUGGCUACCACCAGAUUGAAGUCGAUCCUGCGGACCAGCACAAGACUGCGUUCAAGACACGCGACGGGCUUUACGAUUUCACCGUAAUGCCCUUCGGUCUUACGAACGCACCAGCCACUUUCCAAAGCCUCAUGGACAAGGUCCUCGACGAACAGAUUGGCCGGUUUGUGGGAGUGUACCUGGACGACAUUCUGAUCUUCAGCAAGUCCAUGGAGGAACACCUCAAGCAUCUUGAGGAGGUGCUCGCUAUCCUCAAGAAGACGCAGCUCCAUCUCAACUUGGAGAAAUCUGAGUUUGGGAAGGAUAGCGUCAUCUAUCUUGGGCACCGAUUGUCUGUUGCAGGCCUAGAGCUCGAGGCAACUAAGAUUGAGGUCAUACGUGAUUGGCCUCAACCUGCGAACAUUCGCGAAUUGCGUUCUUUCCUUGGACUCGCGUCGUACUAUCGAAAGUUUGUACCCCGUUUUUCUAUCAUUGCUCGUCCAUUGUCGCGACUAACCAAUAAAAAUGUGUCUUAUUCCUGGGAUGCCGCGUGUACAGAAGUUUUUCAAGCUCUCAAGGAAGCCUUGGCAAGUUACCCGGUACUCCGCAUUGCAGAUCCCAAACUGACCUUCGUAGUCACUACGGAUGCAAGUCGGUAUGGAAUCGGUGCAGUGCUGCAGCAAGAUGACGGAGAUGGCCUGCGGCCACUCGAGUACUACAGCAAACGAAAGCCCAGCAUAAAGGUAGCCACUUCCACCUACAUGCGCGAGCUCCACGCAUUGUGUAUGGCGUUGGAUCACUUGAAACAUUACCUUCUGGGACGCCACUUCAAAGUCUUCUCAGAUCAUGAGACCUUAAAACAAAAGCCCAUGGGGCUCCUCACACCCCUACCCAUUCCUAAUGGUCCCGGGGAGAAUGUCUCCAUCGACUUCACUGAUAUGGGUAAGGAAAGCAAGCACGGGUAUUCACAAGUCAUGGUGAUUGUUGACCGAUUUUUAAAAUUCCUCAAUCUGAUUCCUUUGCUGCCCCACGCCCCAACAGAUUUAGUGAUUCGCGAAUUCCAACAGAAAUACCUACUGCAAUUCGAAACCCCGAAGACUCUUGUGAGCGAUCCGGAUCCGCAUUUCAAUAGCACUGAAUGGAAGGAUUUCACGCCCCACCUAGAAAUCAAACUGUGCAUCACAUCUGGCCGACACCCCGAAGCCAAUGGUUUGGCUGAGGAGAUCAACCAGACUGUAUUCCAACUUCUCCGUGCGUUGAUCAUUCCGGAUCAGGAGACAUGGGAUGAAGAGCUGUAUUCUGUAAAAGGGUUGUACAACAACUCUGUCCAUUCUGCCACCGCCACGACACCCAACAGGUUGCACUACGGUUGGCAGAUCCGUAAUCCACUCUCCUACUUAUUCCCUGAGCAGUCAGCUGGCUCAACACCCGGCAGGCCCGACUUCAGGGCUAAGUAUGAUCGCUUGCUCAAAGUUGUCGUUGGAGCUAUGACCAAGCGACAGCAUGCCAUGAUCCACCAUGCAAACAAAAAGCGUCGACCAUCGGAGAUCCAGGUAGGAAGUUAUGUCUGGGUGAAGAUGUCUGAAUUCUCAGAGGAGGAGGGAGUCUCACGCAAACUCCUCCCACUCUACUACGGGCCUUGGGAAGUUUUGGAUGUAAUUGGGGAAGAUCACUUUGGCCCUUCGUACGUUGCAGACGUGCCAGCUCACUUGUGCACAUAUCCAGUGUUCCAUGCAUCUAAACUGUACCUCCAUUGUGAUGCCGAGACAUUCGAUUACCGCGAAGAUACGAUCCCUUGCGCAAUCAAGGGCACGCAUGAGAUAGAUAGAAUUAAACAGCAUGGGGGUAAAGGGAGAAACAAACAGUACCAGGUUCAUUUCAUGUAUCACCCGUUAGAUGAUCUCUACUGGAUCUCCAAACAGGAACUGCUACGCAGCGCACCGCGCGUUGUUAAAGCUUACGGCCGACAGAUCGCCGCUGACGCCACACCGAAGAUCUAAGCAAGGCUCUCUGCAACAGAGUAUUCCAGGAAUCUCUUUGCCUUGCUCGCCUACGAUGCGU